AUGCGUCCCGUAACAGCAUCAACAUCCUCUGCCCUGCGCAGCUGGACCCGUCAUACCCUCCCGACCUCUGCGACCUCCUCAACCUCCCGCUUCGCCGCCGUUGCAGCAGCCACCACAGCUUCACCUUCCAGCUCCCAACGCCGGCUACAGUCGUCCGAAUCCGGAGCCAGCAGUUUCGAGAGCCCCUUCCAACACGCAAAGUACGACACUACCAAAAUCCCAAGCUUCAAGAACUAUGCCUCCAAAAGCUCCGAGGUCUCGAAUCGUGUUUUCUCUUAUUUCUUAGCUGGUUCUAUGGGUCUUUUGGCUGCCGCCGGUGCUAAAGCUACUGUCCAAGAUUUCCUCGUCAACAUGUCCGCAUCGGCCGAUGUGUUGGCCCAAGCAAAGGUCGAAAUUGACCUUGCCGCGAUUCCAGAAGGAAAGAACGUCAUCAUCAAAUGGCGAGGCAAGCCUGUGUUUAUCCGACACCGAACAGAAGAUGAAAUCAAGCAAGCCGAAUCAGUCAAAGUCGAAUCGCUCCGUGAUCCCCAAGCCGACAGCGACCGAGUAAAGAAGCCCGAAUGGCUAGUGAUGGUGGGCGUCUGCACACAUCUGGGUUGUGUGCCCAUUGGUGAAGCCGGUGAUUUCGGCGGCUGGUUCUGCCCCUGCCACGGUUCCCACUACGAUAUCUCUGGCCGAAUUAGAAAAGGACCCGCGCCACUGAACCUGGAAAUCCCCGUCUAUGAUUUCCCGGAUGACGAUAAACUGGUUGUUGGUUAG